AUGCCUUUGAAAGAAUCCUUCCAUGCUCUGCUUCUCCUCCUAACAACUAUAUUCAUCCUGGGAUCCAUAGCCUUUAGCUAUGAGGACUUCCUCAUGAAGCACUAUGACUUCCCAAGAAGCAUCGUUGGGAGCCACUAUUGCAAUGCCAUGAUGCAAAGCCGGGGAAUGACCAAGCCCAAAUGCAGGCUAGUCAAUACCUUCAUACAUGACAGCAAGGCUUAUAUCCUGGAUGUGUGUGGUAGAAAAGGAGUAUCUUAUGGGCAUGAACUGCGCCAUAGCAUAAAGAUAUUUUCAGUCACCACCUGCACUUUGAGAGGUUCCAACCCUCGAGCACCUUGUGUCUACAAAGAAAAUAUUUUACCCCAAAACAUAGUCAUUGCAUGUUUGGAUGGAAAGCCCGUACAUUAUGAGGAAGGACAUUUUGCAGUGGUGCAUGAAGAUGAAACAUCUGAUUAG